AUGAAGACCUCACCUGUGUUGCUGGGUCUUUUUGGCCUGGCUGGAUCUGCCAUGGCCGACCCAACCUGGCCGUCCCCCAUUGACGAGCUUGAAGAGAUCAUGUUCCAAGUCAACUCUUUCCGAUCUCGCAAGUUUGCAGAUACCGUCAACCCGUGUACCAACGAGGCUUCAGGUCCUGGACGCCGCAAUGCGGCCGAAUGGCUUCGAGUUGCCUUCCACGACAUGUCAACCGCCAACACCUUUUUCAAAACUGGUGGUCUCGAUGGUUCCCUGCAGUACGAGUUGGACAAUGGCGAGAAUACCGGCCCUGGUCACAGAACGACGCUCAACUUUAUGGGUCCCUAUGUCACAUCCCGAUCCAGUCUCGCGGACUUGAUUGCCUUGGGGGUUUACACAUCCGUUCGUUCUUGCGGCGGUCCCAUUGUUCCAAUUCGUGCUGGACGCAAAGAUGCAACAGGUGCCGGUGCACUGGGCGUCCCUCAACCUCAAAAUUCGGCGAUUACUUUCCAGCAGCAGUUCGAACGCAUGGGCUUUACCACCGAGGAGAUGAUCCAGGUGACUGCUUGUGGCCACACCAUUGGUGGCGUUCACCAGGACGAGUUUCCCGAUCUCAUGCCCGCCAAGGGAGUCGUCAACCGCCAGGUGGCGCUUGAUUCUAGUGACGCCGUCUUUGACAACAAGGUCGUCACCGAAUACCUUUCCGGAAACACCUCCAACCCGCUUGUCGUUGGCCCGUCUGUCAGAAUCAACAAGAACUCCGAUUUCAAGGUUUUCAAUGUUGACGGAAACAAAACCGUGACGGCAUUGACUGACGAGAAUACCUUCAAGACGGUCUGCCAAUCGGUUCUCCAAAAGAUGAUUGAUGUUGUUCCUCCCUCCGUGACCCUUACCGACCCAAUCGUCCCAUACAAUGUCAAGCCUGUCAACCUGCAGCUCACUCUCGCCAAUGGUGGCUCUGGACUUCAAUUCACCGGGUUCAUUCGAGUUAAGACGACUGGCCUCCCCAAGGAUAGCAUCAAGAACGUUGCGAUCACGUACAAGGACCGAAAGGGCAAUACAGACUGUGGCGCAAGCUCCUGCACCAUCACAAGCACUGUUCAAGGGGUCGCGCAAGGCUUUGAUGACACAUUCAGCUUCUACCCCAUCGAAGCCGUCAUCCCUGCUGCAUCUGGUAUCUCAUCUUUCACAGUUACUGUCAACAAUGCCGACGGAACCAGCAAGCUCCAUGACAACAAUGGCAAUGGCUACCCCCUCCAGGACGACAUCUUGUUCCAGGCCCCUCAAAGCUGUGUCACAGGCUCCUCUGGUGCUCUCACCGUUGUUGCUGCAGUCCGCAACGAUAUUGCUGCCAAUGGUGCCCAGGCUAGUAUCACUUACAAGACUGCCCAGACCAACAGCCCCGUUGCUGUCUUGAACAACGCCACUGUCGCUUUGCAGAAAGGUGCCUGCAUUGGCAAGUACACUCUCUUCUCAGCCCAGUACACCAUCCCCGGUAGCCUGCCUUAUCAGUCUCGUGUUGAUGUUAUUGCUGGAGACAAGGCCGACACCUUCAAGGCUAUUACUGAUAUUGGCGGAACCUGCACCGAGUUCCCCAACCCAGGUGCAUGCAACGCCGACCCUCCCGUCAACUCGACCACCACAUCUACGCCUCCUGGGUCAACCACCUCAACUACUCCGCCCAUCACUGACCCGGUGACAACGACAACCACGACGGCUGGUAACGUUUCCACUACAACCACAAGUGCGACGCAGGCUCCCGUCACUCCCACCCACCGUGCCACUGUUGGCGGCUAUACUCAUGUCUCGUGCUGGACCGAAGGCGUUGGCGUCCGAGCCCUGGCUGGCAUUUCUUUUGCUAACGAUACCAUGACCCUUGACAAGUGUGCGGACUAUUGCAAGGCUUAUGUGUACUGGGGUACUGAGUACGGUCGUGAAUGCUACUGCGGCAACUCUUUGGACAAGACGAGUUCCGCUGCUGCUCUCGCUGAUUGCAACAUGGCUUGCGGCGGUGAGCCCAGCGAGUACUGCGGAGCUGGCAACCGACUCGAACUGUACUCGACCACAAGCGCACCUGUGACGCCUACGCCGACUGCUACCCUCAUUCACAAGCCUACCGUCUCGCCGUACACUCUCGUGGGCUGCUGGACUGAGGGUAACGGUGUGCGAGCCCUGGACCAAGGUUCCACAGUCAGCGACAAGAUGACCAACGAAGCAUGCGCUACUUACUGCAAGUCUUUCAAGUAUUUCGGUACCGAGUAUGGCAGUGAGUGCUACUGUGGCAGUUACCUCGCUGAGAGCAGCAAGACGGCGCCCCUCGCAGAUUGUAACAUGCCUUGCUCCGGCGAUCAGUACCAGUACUGUGGUGCGGGUGGCCGGUUGGAACUAUACCAGAACCCCAACAUCACGACGGGAAACCCUGAGCAGCCGGCGUCUGUUGGCAACUAUGUGCUCGUGGGCUGCCAGACCGAGGGCAACAACACUCGAGCUCUGGGUGGUUCGGCUCUGGCGCAGGAUGACAUGACAAAUGAAGUAUGCGCCAACUGGUGCAAGGACUUUGAGUACUUUGGUACUGAGUAUGGGCGAGAGUGCUACUGUGGUAACACUCUUGACGCUUCUUCGCUAGUUGCGCCAGCCUCGGAAUGCAGGAUGCUCUGUGCUGGUAGUCCCACAGAGUACUGUGGUGCCGGUAACAGGCUGUCUGUUUACAAGAAGAAGCAGAUUCCGCCGGCUGAGACGCAGAAGCGAAGACGUAGGGGCCAUUAA